UGUAAAUGAAUCUAUAAGGGACAAUGAAGCUCCUGAAAAUUCUAGAAACAGUUCCAGAACUAGGAAGCAAAACACACAAUCUAACUCAAGACAUUAUCAUCAAUCAUUGCAUGAUAAUGUCAAUGCAAUAUCCACUGUAGAUAUCCAUAUGGAUAAUGAAACUCCUGAAAAUUCUGGAACCAGUUCAAGGCUACAAAAUAAAAGUAGCACCCAGAAUUCAACCUUGAAACCUCUCGGUGUCAGAAAAAGAUCUGAUAGUUGUAGUACAUCUAAUCAAAAAAAGCAGCCUUUAGAGGAUGAAAUUCAAAAUAGUGUGCUAACAAAAAGUACUAGGGGUAGGAAGAAAAAUCAGGCUCCAAAAGAUGAAACUGAAAACAAUAAUAAUGCUAAAAAAGCUAAGAUAGAUGGCCGCAGACAACUAAGAGUACGCAAACCACCAAUUCACUGUCCAAUAAUUGACUUGGCCACUUCAAUAAAAUCAUACGCUUUUGAUCCAGCAUUAUUGAAAAAAUUUAAAAAAAACAGUAAGGCGGCCGAAAUUGAUACAUCAUCGUUCACAGCUAGCCAAACCCAAAGACUCACUAACCAAAUGCCCACUGUACAAGAAUCAUCUAGAAUUGAACCACCUGUGGAGAGUGAAAUACAAUUGCCACAAGAUCGCAACUGUGAGGAUUCAGAUUUUGGCUUCGCGUCCAUUUCGGUUGAGAAAAAAGUUCCAAGAAAGACUGGCUUGGGAGGCAAAACGUCUAGUAGAAGAACGAAAACAAUCGAAGAAGUUCCAGAACCUUGUUCUUCAUCCUCCAGUGAACCUCCUACUACUGAUUCUGAUCAAAGCCCAGCCCAAACUAGCUCCUAUAUAAACGAAUCUGAAUCUAGAAGUGCCACAAACAGUCAAAAUCCUGAAGAAGCAAAUUCCUUAGAUCAAACAGUAGAUGGCAAAGUUUUCAAGACACGAUUUGUAUGUAGCGACCCAAGCCUUCUAAACUAUACUUCAGUUGGUAAUUUAUUUAUAAAUGAAAUUACCAAAGUUCCAAAUAAUCAAUAUACUGUGGGUUACCUACGAAUAGGACAAGGGGAAUCGAAAAAGGUGGCCAAAAGUAUAAAGUUUUCAUUUGUUUACGUAGUCAUUACUGGAGCUGCUGAAGUUACAAUUGAAAGUGAAAUUUAUAUAGUUAAACAAGGAGGGUAUUUUUCGGCGCCAGUUGGUACUACAUACUCAAUUAAAAAUACUAGUUUGGAUUCGUACCUAAAAAUUCAUUUUACCAGAAUAAGGGCAAUGGCCGAUAAUCAAUAAUUUAUUUUCUUUGUUUCAAACAAUUAUUUGGUUGAUAUUAGAUGUGUUACAGUGUUGCCACAGAAAUCACAAACCAGUCAUUGGUUGAAACUGGUUGGUGAUUUCUGUGCGGCGAACAGACCUAGUGUUAAUUUCAUUAGAAGGGCAUUUUAUUAUUACUAUUAUGGCGAAUGAAGUCUUAAAGCCUUCCUGGGCUUAUAACUACAUAUUUGCAGACAAGAACUUCAUUUGAAAAAAUAAUAAAUAAUAUACCUAUUCUUAGUAUAGUUUUCAAUUGUAUAAAUUACCAAAUCAUUUUUGUUAAGAAAGUGACCCUAACUAUUAAAUAUU